AUGAAUUCAAUUAAUCCACCCAAGAAUCUUUCAUCGAUUCUUUCUCAACCGACUUAUCCACUUGAUAAUAUCACUCUAAUACCCCAACAAAGUCUAAUCCCUGGGAUCCCUGAUGGUAUAUUGGCCCUUAUUGCUCCUAUUGUAGCUUAUUGGUCUUAUGCUACCUUUUUCCAUAUAUUAGAUAUUUAUGAAUUAGCAGAAAAAUAUAGAAUUCAUCCAAGUGAAGAAGAAGAAUCAAGAAAUAAAGUUACAUUACAUGAAGUUGUACGUGAUGUUAUAUUCCAACAUAUAAUUCAAACUAUUGUUGGAUAUAUUGUUUAUUGUAUUGAUCCAAUUAAUUCAACUGGUGAUGAAUUUUAUAAAAUGUGGUCAUUAAAACAAAAAUAUGGGUUCUUACCGGAUAUAAUGGUUUAUUAUUGUUAUAUGUAUGGAAUUUCAAUUUUAAAAGUAGUGGUUGCUAUUUGUAUAAUUGAUUCAUGGCAAUAUUGGUUACAUCGCAUUAUGCAUGUCAAUAAAACUUUAUAUAAAAGAUUUCAUUCAAGACAUCAUCGAUUAUAUGUCCCUUAUGCUUAUGGUGCAUUAUAUAAUGAUCCAGUUGAAGGGUUCUUAUUGGAUACUUUAGGUACUGGAAUCGCCGGUUUAAUCACAGGAUUAUCUCAUCGUGAAAGUAUCUUUUUAUAUACUUUUGCUACUUUAAAAACUGUUGAUGAUCAUUGUGGUUAUAGAUUACCAUUUGAUAUUUUUCAAAUUAUUUUCCCCAAUAAUUCAGUUUAUCAUGAUAUUCAUCAUCAAAUUUGGGGUAUUAAAAAUAAUUUCUCCCAACCUUUCUUUACCAUUUGGGAUACGGUUAAUAAUACUCAAUAUAAAUUUGUUAAUGAAUACAAGGAAUUACAAAAUCAUAUUACUUUAACGAAAUAUAAAGAAUUCUUAGCUAAAAAGGAAGCAAGAAAGUCUGCAAGUCGGUCAAGUAGUGAAUCAUCUUCUCGUGCUACCACUCCAGUUAAUACUGAAUCCAAAAAGGAAAUUUAA